CUUUUCCUUUCAUCAGGAACCAACUUUGGCUUCUCUACCUUUUCUAUAUAAUCACUCACUUAGCUACUCUUCUUUUCCCCCCUUUCUUUCUUUCUUUCUUUCUUUCUCCCACCCACUCACUCCAAACCCAAACUACUUCAUUGCUAAGUCUCUAAUAUUUUCAUCUCUCUCACCCCUUCACUCUCCUUUUUGGCUAUAUGGAGAAGAAAAUGGCUAACUUUGCAAAUAUUAGAGACAUGAAGAAAAGUCCUUCUUUAUUGGCUUUAGAAGAGUAUUUCAAAACUGGUGAUGGUUUUGGAGGUAUUGAUCAUCAUCAAAAUAUCAAUUAUAAUAAUAAUAUUAAUGACGACAACAACAACAACAAUAAUGCUCAUGCUGAUAUUUUUGGUGAUAUUUGUUCAGUUGCUCCUUCAUUUACUAUGAGUAAUCAGGAGAUGGUAAAUGGUUUCUCAAGUUGCGCACUGACAGACAAACCCCUUUGGUCUCCAAACCUUACUCCCAAGUCCUGCAUUUCUGCAACUGUGGAUUCACAAUCUUCAAUAUGUGCUGGGAGUCCAACGCCAACUAUAAUGCCUAAGAUGAGGGACAGUCCAGUUACGGGAGCUACAAGUGGGUCCUAUUCAGAUGAUGAUGACGCGGACGGUGAAGUGGGUCCCUGUGAACAAAGCACUGACCCAUUGGAUAUUAAACGCAUCAGAAGGCAAGCCUCUAAUAGGGAAUCUGCAAGGCGUUCGAGAAGAAGAAAGCAAGCACAUUUAGCAGAUCUUGAAAAUCAGGUUGAUCAGUUUCGAGGUGAAAAUGAAUCAUUGUUCAAGCAGCUUGCAGAUGCUACUCAACAAUAUAAAGAUGCUUUGACUAAUAAUAGAGUGCUCAAAUCAGAUGUGGAAGCAUUAAGAGCCAAAGUGAAGUUGGCUGAGGACAUGGUGGCUAGAGGUUCAUUAACCUCAACAAGUUUAAGUCAUCUUCUUCAAAAUUACUUGAACACUCCUCAACCACUUGGUACCAACAACAAUAGUUUAUGUCGACUCGAUAAUGUCUCUCCGACCAUCACCGUGCCCGGAGAAAACGAGUGGAGUGCAAUUUCCGGCCCGAAUCCGGUGAUCGGAGUCGAAAAUGUCAAUGCAUUCAACCGGAAUUUCAAGAAUGGUGGUGCUAUGAGUGAUGCUGUUAGCUGUGUUUCUGAUGUUUGGUCCUGGGAAUCACAUGUCCCUUCUAUUUCAAAGUGAUAUAAUUAUUAUGGUUUUAUGUAAUAUAAAUAUUAAUUAUUGUGGUAUGUAUGGUCACAGACAAUUAAUUUAUAAUAUGGUUUCUAAUUUGUAUGUGAGACUUA